GUUGUAAAGCUGGCUAGUGAGACAUUCAACUAUACAGCUUUAGACCGAGCUAAGUCAAGAACAAAAAAGAAUGUUUCUGAGCGGUUUCCAAAAUUUGGAAGACGUUUUCAUAGGAUAGGUUUGCCUCCAAAGGUGGGGUCUUUUCAAAUGUUUGUAGACGAAUAUAAGGAUGCAGAGUUUUGGUUGAGAAGAUUUGAAUCAGAACCAAUGCCAGAGGUUGUUCAGCGGCAGUUUCAGCUUCAGUUUGAAAGACUGGUGGUAUUAGAUUAUAUUAUUCGUAAUACAGAUAGGGGUAAUGACAACUGGCUGAUUAAAUAUGUGAAACCUGAUGCAAACAAAAAGGAGUGGAGCCCCCCAAGACCACAUGAAAUUAAACUUGCAGCAAUUGACAAUGGUUUAGCAUUUCCAUUUAAACAUCCAGAUUCCUGGAGAGCUUAUCCGUAUCACUGGGCAUGGCUACCAUCAGCCAAAGUGCCCUUCUCUAGUGAAACAAGAGACCUAGUUUUACCACAGCUGUCAGACAUGAACUUUGUUCAGGAUUUAUGUGAUGACCUCUAUGAUUUGUUUAAGUGUGACAGAGGUUUUGAUAGGCAUAUAUUUGAAAAACAGAUGUCAGUUAUGAGGGGUCAAAUUCUCAAUCUGACACAAGCUCUAAAGGAUGGAAAGUCUCCUGUACAGUUAGUUCAGAUGCCUGCCGUAACUCUAGAACGUAGCCACACGAACGGCCGUGGAAAGAUCCGCUCAUUCAGUGACAACUUCACUCAGAGCUUCCACAGCAAAGCACCAUUUUUCUCUUGGUGUUAGAGAAGGAAUUAAAACUGAGGUCACUAAUUGUAAAAGGAAAAGCAAAAAAAUACUGCAUUAUUUUGAUGUAAAAAAAAUAAUAUAAAACUUUCUGGUAAUUUUUUUUUUUAACUUCCAAAACAUUUUAAUGGCAUUGCAAGUGCACUAGUCCCUUACAAAUUGUUGAUAAUGUGAUUGUGUUGUAGGAUAAUGGCUCCUUUUUUUUUUUCACAACAUGCUUGUACGUAUGUAUGUAUAUCAGUACAGGUGUUAUUUUGUGUUAGUUAUUGUUGUAAGAAGUUCUAAAGCUUAUGUUAAUUCAGAUUCCUUGUUUGUAUGACCAGCUGUUUGUUUACUUGUGCUUUAGCAUCAUUUUGAAAAAUGAUGUAUUAAGUUUAUGUAUAAAUUGAUAAUAGCUAAUUAUAUCUUUAAAAAAAAUACCUUUCUAAUCAAUUCUAAACUUAUUUCCUUUCUUUCUUGAAUAUUAUUUAAAUACAAUGAGACAGCUUGAGUUAAACACGGAUCUUUUAAUCUAUGUUCUUCUGACAGCCCAACACACUCGCAAAGUUUGCACCAAUAUUCAAAAUGCAUACUAAGCACGGGUGCGUUAGUACCUUCUGAUGUUCGUCAUCUUUCGUUGGGCAACAAUAAAAACAGUUUGCACCAUGUUGUGAUCAAAACAGUAUCAGUAUAGCUUCACUUUAUAACUAUUUAUUAUUCCUGAUUGGACAGCAAUCUUGUUCGUUAUAGGCUGGUUUGGAAGUGAUUAGUCAUGUUGAAGACUUUCUGGUAAUGAUUUUACUAUCACUGAUCUUAUAGUCAUGCUGCAUACACAAACAAUUCAACCUGAUAUUUUUAUAAUGGCCACAACAACUUUAUAAUUAUAUCGUAAUGUUUAUUUUGACAAACAGUUUGACCUUGGAAGAACUUUUAAAGGUUGCAGUUAUACUUGUGAAUGUUUUAUCCAUUCCAAAAGUAUUGCUCAUGCCUGGAUAUUUACUUUUUGUAUGUGUAAUAUGGCAAUUGAGUCAACUUUGUACAUGUUUAAAUACUGCAAAUUAGGAAGGAUUAAUUCGUAUUCUUUUUUUUUUUUUAAUUAGGUGGCAGUUUAUAGGA